GAGAAGCGGCGAGGGGGCCCGGCCAUGGAGACCCUCGUGCGCCCCGGGGCCAGCAAACCCCCCACCGGGAAAAGAAUGAAAGCUCGUGCUCCCCCUCCACCAAAUCAACCUUCUGCAGCAAGUAGAAUUCAAAGUGAGCCCAAGUCACCUGUAGAGACAUCUGUAAUUUCAGAUCAGAACCUAGUGAGCAUGAAGGAGAACAUGAUAAACAGACUGGUGGACUUCACAGUUGUUUUACCCAGUGGAGUGGAGCAGAAGUGCACAGUGCAAGGAAGUAAAGCUGUGAUGGAUGUAUUGGUUGAUUUAUGCAGCCAGUAUCGCUUAAAUCCAUCUCAACAUAGUCUUGAACUAAAGUCUUCAGGAACUCAACAAGUUCUGAGUUACAAGCCAAACACUUUGAUAGGAGCACUGGAUGUACAGACAGUACUUCUGAAAGAGAAGAUUCCUGAAGAGAAGGCAAAGAGACCUCUGCCAAGGGUCCCUGAGAAAUCUGUGAGGCUGGUAGUGAACUACCUGAAGACACAGAAGGCUGUGGUUCGAGUUAGUCCAGAGGUGCCUCUCCAUAGCAUCAUCCCAGCUAUUUGUGAGAAGUGUGAAGUCAGCCAAGAGCACAUUGUUCUUCUGCGGGAUGGCAUAACUGGGGAAGAGCUGGAGCUUACCAAGUCCUUGGAGGAGCUAGGAAUAAAGGAGCUGUAUGCCUGGGACAGAAAAAAAGUUCCUCCAUCAAAAACUCAGUCUGAGCCUUCUCUGAACUAUAGAGAACCAAAUCGAAAGGCUUCAGUAAGCAGUGAUGCAAUAGAGAAAGAAAAGACAAGACUUUUGGGAUUGUUUAAUGCUGAUCGAAGAAGCAGCCAGGGUUUUUCCACAGCACCAAAUUCCCCUUCGGUGAAUUCUCGUUCCAGUAGCCUGGGUUCAUCACUGUCCCUUGGUAACAUCUCUGGAAUGACAGCAAACCCAGAAGUGAAAAAGCGCAGAGCACCUCCUCCACCAGUUGCGACGCCGGUAUUGCCGAACGUGGAGGUGAAGGGACAAGAGAGGACAACAGCACAGAUAUCACAAGGAGCAUCCUUGAAUGAUUUAAGGAAAAAGAAGAGGCGUGCCCCUCUUCCACCAGCUGCAUCUGCUCCACCCACUCCUGCCAUACCAAACAGGACAGAAGACAGGGAAGACAAGAGGAAGAGCACAAUGGAGAGCCUGCUGUCUACACAUGAUAAUGUUUAUGUAGUGGAUGACACGGUUCUGGAGCUAUCAGAGGUGGAAGAAACGGCGUCAGAAAGCAGCUGCUUUGCAUCAGAGGACGCCACAGAGGACUCGGGUGUUGUGAGCUCCCCGUCUGACAUUGUGUCUCUGGAGUCACAAAGUGACAGUAUGAAGCUGAGAGACAUCAGGCUGGUCAAUGGCUACACGGACCCAGCUGAGGCAGAUGCAGUGUGUGGCACAGGGACGGGCCCCGUGCCGAAUGCUUUCUGUGACAGCGUGGGACCCGACCGCGCUCCGCCGAGCAGGCAAGAUGAAGCAACAGCUUUGGCUAAGCAUGAGAAUGAAGAUACAUUCAUUGCAGCACAGCUCCAGCAGACUUUGGCUGACCUGGAUGAAGAUUUAGAAGCAGUGGAUCGUGUCAGUAACUCUGACUCUGACUACACCAGUGAAACCUUGAACCCACAUUUAAGAAAAGUUGAGGCCGCCCAAGAUGUCUCCAUUUCUGUUCCAGUAACAAUCAUAGAUGAUGCUCCAGAAAUUAGCACCUCUAACUCAUAUGAAAAUCAAGAGGUGGAGAUUAAGCUUUCACAGAAUAUCUCAGCAGACUCUGUUAAUGCAAGAAACUUCACAAAUAAAAACAACAAUGCAGGCUCCUUUGAUAAGGGACUCACAGAUGGUGGAGCUGUAUACAAGGACCUAAUAUAUCAGCAACCAUCUGAAAAUGAAUUCAUUCACUUGCCUGUGGAACAGAGGAGAGAUAUUUUUGAAUCUCUCACAUCCUCCUUUGAAAAAAGAAAUGAAAAGAACUUAAGACUGGAACCCUCUCCUAAACAUGGUAUGAAGUUUGAGGAAUGUAAAUCCAAGCUGAGUCCAUCUCACUCCAAAACCAUGGCUGAAAUCAGUACAGCAAAAGAGAAGCUAAAUCCAGUUAAUGAAUGUAGUAGCAGAGAGAAAUCUCUGAAAAAAAGUAAAUCAGAGUUAGAAAUCAAAUGGCCACCAGCAAAAACAACGGAAGUAGAAGUCCCAUCAACACCCACAUGGUGUCAUCGUGCCCAGAAUUCAGGAUCAAACUACGAACCUAAAAUGGGCAUGACAACAUUUAAAGUUGUCCCUCCCAAACCAGAAGUAAGACAUUUUGAUAGAGGAGUUUCAGUCUCCACUGGUGCCAUUAAGAUAGAUGAACAGGGCAAUCUUAUAGGCCCAAACACUAGUGUUAGUAAGCUUGUACAAGGUUUUUCUUCUGAUGAAAGUGAGGAAAUUCAUAUUGGGAAAGUGAAGGCAUUCUGGAGGUCAAGUUCUAUGGAAAAGCAAAGUGAUGACUCUGCUGAGCAUUUUCCUAAAAAGUCAGCAGUCACCCCAAACUCUAAGCCCUUUACUAUAAAACAUGAACACAAACCUGUCUGUCUUUCAGCUCCAAAACCUGCAGCACCACAAACUGUUACUACCCAGGUAGCUGAAAGACCAUCUGAGAAUGAGAGGACCAAACCAGCCCUUUCAGUUACCCAGUCCCAGGUAACACCAUUAGCAGCCCCGGCCAUUAGUAAGGACAAGCUGGAACUCCCGUUUGUAAAGCCACACAGGAGAACUUCAAGUCAGUAUGUUGCCUCUGCCAUUGCAAGACACAUCAAUGCAUCUACCUUUAAAUCUGACACUAUGGAAUAUAAUGAGAAAGAUGAAAACAAGCAAGGGGCAGGAGAGGUUAAGAAUGAAGCGGAAGUUUCACCAAAAAGAUGUAUUAUUGUGGCCAAAUAUAGCCCUGUGGAAACAGAAUCAGCAGAAACAAGAGAAAGCCUUUCAAGUAUUUUUGCUUGCAGUCAGAAAGCAUCCCACAGGUUUACACCUGGUGAUAAUUCUGGCAUGGAAAACAAAGUAGUUAAUAUCAGGGCACCAAAUCAAGCAACUACUGUGAGUUUCUAUAAAAAGAAUGCCAGUGUCCCACUUACUAAAUCCUCUUCAAAGGAUAACAACAAUGCAGAAGAUGAUCAUGAUUUAAACAGCAAGCUAAGUGUAGCAGAGAAAAAGACUGUGUUUGACCAGAAGUGUGAGACUUUGACCCAUACUAAUUCAGCCUCAUCCCUCAAGUCUCCUGAUCUCCAAGGAGUCCCAUCCUCUUUGAGCUCGUCUUUACGAGUCACUAAAUGGCGUCCCACUAAUGGUGUACAAGUUGGUUCACUUAAAGCUUCACCUGAGCUAAAUGGUGCAGCAGCAAAUGCAGAGUCAGAACAGGAGGAGAAACCUGAUGAUUCAGAUGUUAAUACUGUUGGUGAACUGGAUCUUAAUGUGCAGACCAAUAUUUUCGGACCAAAGAAGAAGUUUAAACCUGUCAUCCAAAAGCCAGUUCCAAAAGACACAUCAUUGCACAGUGCCCUAAUGGAAGCCAUUCAAACUGGAGGGGGAAAGGAAAAACUCAGAAAGGUUUCAAAUGGUGCAUUAAAUGGCAAUCACGGGAAACCCUCAUACGCUGAGCCAGAGAAUGAGCGCUCAGCCCUACUAGCAGCAAUUAGAGGCCACAGUGGCACCUCAAAGCUAAAAAAGAUCUCCUCACUGGCCUCCCAAGAGUUGCAGCGUUUUAGGGACGCAGAACAGUCCUUGCAGAAGGCAGAAGACCUUCAGGAAGAGCAGCUGUGUAUCCCACCUGCCCCUGCGCAGCCACCACCACCACCUCCCAUGCAGCUGUCAGCAGCAGCUCCUAAAUCCUCUGCCACAGCUUCAGGUAAUCCAAUGGAGGCAAGGCAAGCCCUAUUGGAGGCCAUUCGCUCUGGUGCCGGAGCAGCAAAGUUAAGAAAGGUCCCUCUGCUCGUUUGAAUCAUGUAAAAACAAUAGGUAACUGGAAAAUCUAACCCCGUAUGCACCCAUAAUCAUCAUUCAAAGUCUGAAGUGGCAAAAAACAUCAAGAAGUUUAGUUUAUUCUCUUGACUACAAGCCAAAAUAAGUUGUAGUUAAUUUUCUGUGUGUUCCUGCAUAAUGGUUCUAAGGGGAAAAUAUGUUGCUCUGCUGUAAAGCUUCUGUGCCAAGGAAUUGUGUUUUGCCUCUGAAUAUUUAAGGUUGCCAAUAAACUAUUCUUGUUGGCAGGUUAAUAAGAAUAUAAACACUGUGCAGUCCUAUGUUAAUACUUAAUUGUGUUUAUGGGCAAAACUAAAAACUUUGCUAGCUAUCUGAAAAGUAAUACUCAUUUCCAGCUGUUAAAAAUAUAUAACUAUUUCAAACUAUUCACUUGCUUCUUUUUUGAUUUCAAGAAGGGCUGUAAGCAAUUAGGGUGAAAACCAGAGUAAAGAUCUAUAAAAAACAAUCACAAGAAAAAAGUUAUGAUACCUAAAUUGUCAUGUGCUGGGGUCACUGGUUUUUAAAAUUAAAUUAACUUUGUAUCUCUGCUGGAGCUCUGAGAAAGCAGGCAAUCAAUAAUGAAUGUGAGACAGUGUCUAUUGAAAAGUUACUUAUGGGGUAUGACGUAUAGAAUGCUAAUGUGCAGAGAUAUGCUGAACCCUGGUAACAAACAUGGAACUUCAAAAAUAUUGAGCCACCUUAAAGGAUCUCUAUUUGCAACAGACUGUGAAGGUUAUGAAUAUGAUUCAGAGUAUAGAGGUCGAAGAUGUAGAAUUCAUUCUGCACUGUAAAAUGAAGCGGAGCUGGUUUAUGUCAGUAACCAAGACUUUUGUGGUCUAUUGUUCAGGUCAUGCAUAAGUUGGCCCUUGGUUUCUAAUGCGUAUGGCUGUUGUGUGUUGUCUCACAAGUAUUUAUAGAAGCAUCUUUUUCAAAUGUUAACUACUUUGGUAGUUGUUGUUGUACAUAUUUUGAAAAUAUUUCAUUAAAUUGAUUAACUUAAAAAGGACAAAUGAAAAUGCUUUUUCACAUUUCCUAUAUUGUAAUGAAACUGAAGAAGAUGAAGUUUGUACAUUUACAUUUUUAUAAUCACAGACUACAGCAGUGGCAGAUUUUUGCUUUAAGUUGGAAUUUAAAAUGUAUAGCUAUGGACUGUUGAAAGCACGAAAAUAUUUAGCCAUCUGCAUUUAAUGUGACUAUAUAUUAUAAAUUAUAAAAUAUUGAAGUCUGUUAGUGCCACAAAUAAAAACAAAAUCAAAACCUGA